GCAGAUAAACUUCCGGGGCGCGGGGUUAAAUGCCGAAAUGUUUUGUUUUUGAGGGCUUUCUCGGGUUCAGUCUGGUUGUCAGAGCGGGUGUUUUUGCUACUUUAUAGCUGCCAUCGGUUCCUUACAAUGGACGGUUUACACAGACACCGGACACUUUACAAAGGCACCACUCCGCCGUGGAAGGAAACGUACCGCAAGCGCUGCGUGGACAGGCUGAAAAACAGCCGCUCGAGGCUGCUGGAGAGGUACCGCCAGGCGGGAGAGACCUCCGGGGCCUCCAUCAUCGUGCAGGAGGUGAUGGAGGAGGAGUGGACCGCCCUGCAGUCAGAGGACCGGAGACUGCCCUCCCUGUGGGGGCCCGAGGGCAUGGCAGAGAUGUUUAGUGUCAUGAAAGAGUACGACGACGAGCUGGCAGUCCUUGAAGAGAUCCAACAGGAGCUCGUGUCCCAAGAAAUGUCCAUUAUUGAGGAGUAUGAGAGGAACCUGCAGUUUGAGCAGCAGUACAUAUCGUCCGUCGUGGAGGGGAUGGAUGAGAUGCAUAUUAUUUGCCCCAUGUGUCGAGCGAACAACUUGAACAUCACCAGUCUUUUCAUCUCCUGUCCCUGUGGACUGUAUAUCAACACUAAGAGGCGGAACAUUUCUCCGGACGUCCUGCGGCGUCUGCUGGAGUCCAGGGUGUCGGAGCACAUGGAGGACUGUCUCCACAACCCUGUUUUCUCCGUAGCUCCAAACGUGGACAGCUCUCCGAACCUGAUGAUGAGCUGCAAGGUUUGUGACUACUUGUCCAUCAUCCUGUGAAGCAGACUCGACUUUCAUGAGUGACUCGACUCGUGAGAUAUGAUUUUGAGUUUUUUGUACUCCCUGUAUGUUUUGUGAAAUAAAAGCUAUUUUUUUAAAUAUUUAA